UUCUAACCAUUUAUAUUUUAAUUAUUAUUGCAUACAAUCUUUAAAUGGGAAAAUAUUGUCGGAAGUUUAAUGUUUCUGAACACGUUUUCAUUACUUUCUCUGUUGUAUAAGUAUAUACCAUAUAUAUCGGUCAUCUUAGAAUGCUUAUCUAAAUCUCAUACUUUUCCGUCCUGCUGCAUCUCCGCCGUCUGUUUGAUGCAAAUCAAAAGCUGUGACCACAAAUUAAUUGAUCCUCGCUUUUGAUAUAUCUGUGACUGCGUGAAAAACCAACAAAAUAUUGUCUCGAUACUGCAUUAAUUAGGAUAACAUUAUGCACUCAAAUAUCGUGUUUGUUUUCAUUUUAAACUCAUUAUAAUAAAAUUCAAGUUAUAUUUGCAUAAUUUAACUUGCCGUAAGGUAAAAUAUAAAUUUCUUGAUCUAUUUUUUGCCUGACCAUGUAGGUUAUUUUUUCACCAGUAAUUUUUCGUCGCAGGAAAGAUGGGAAAAUCACAUAGUAUCCGACAAUUGGUCUCCACACGAAAUUUGACAUAUUUGACCGAUGACAGACGACAUUUGCAAGUCUGUGUUAAAAUGCCCACAGACAACAUAAGCAAUGCAGAAAAAAAUUGUGAAGUUUCACUGUUUUGCAGCUUUGUUUGAAGAAAAUAUGGAGUAAACUUGUGAGCUAUAUCGAAAAACAUGUAUUUCAAACUAUAUCUUCCAUUGUAGCAAACUGGGAGACCUUUUAAAAGUAAUUAUAUUAACUGAUGCGGGGUGGCAAAGGUCAAGUUGGAAUGUAAUCAAAUAUACAUGACACACAGACACUUGUCAAUACAAGCUUGAACAAGCAUUUGAGCUUUAGGCGAAUGAGAAAUGGAACAGAAAAGCGAAGGACAAGAGCAAGUUGAAAUUGAAGAAGCGUUUCUACUGGAGAAGGCUGAAUUAAUGCAAGGCUUUAUGGAGGAAGAGAAGAGACUUGAAUUUGCGCAUCGUGAAGAAAUAAAUGAACUCGUUCGGGGUUUGGAAAGGGAGAAGGAGAAAAUGAAACAAGCAUUUGAGUACGAGAAACAAGAACUUCGCAAAAAUUUCGAAAAUGAGAAGGACAAAAUACGGCGUGAGUUUCAAGGUGAGAAACAUGUUUUGAAACAAGCGUUUGAGGAUGAUCGUAUGUCUUUGGUUCGCAAGCAUGACGAUGAGAUUUCGAACUUGAAACAAUUUUUUGAGCAAGAAAAAGAAGAGAUUAGGGAAGGAUUUGAACAACAGAUGAAAGGGAGGGAAGAAACAUUUCUUUUAGAAAAGCGAAAUUUAGAAGAGAAACUUAAUAUUGAGAUAGACCGCGUAGCGGAAAUCGAAGGAGAACUAAAGCAGAUAUUAUUGACCGCAUUCAGUCAGCUCGGAGAGUUAUACGAAGAGGAAGGCACAAGAAUUGCUAACGAAGUUGGAAGCGAACAACCCGAAGCAGAUCAAGAUGUUAAAACAACACCAAGUAAGAAAUCAGAACGACGGAAAAGUACAAACAGUCGGGCAAACGAUCGAAAAGGGUCGUGCGUUAGUGAUGAACAAACCGCGAUGGGAAAUAUUUUAACCAAAUGCCGUGCAGCAAUAGAACGAGAAUUCAGUUUAGAAAUGUAUGAAAUGGAACAACGCUUUCGACAACAGAAAAACGACUUGAUGGAAAUCUUUAAGCUCGAAAAACGCGACCUGGAACGAAAAACCAAACGUGAAAAACGCGAAAUCGAACGCGAAUUUGAAACACGAUAUGCAAAACAAAUCCAGCAAGAGAGAUUAAAAUUCGACGCGGCAAUCCAGGGUUAUGAAAAUGACAUAGCUUUAUUGAAAUAUCAGAAAGAACGACUUGAGAUUGAGUUUAGUAUGGAAAUAGAGAAAUUAAAACUAAGACAUGAACGACAGAGAGUUGAAGUUGAGAAAAAAGUCUUGCGAGAAAAACGCGAACUAAAGCAGCUUUUGGAAACGGAAUACAAAGUUAACUUAGCCCAGGAAAAAGGUAGACUUGAAUGGUUCGUACGUAAGCUUCAAGGAAAACAAGAAUUUGGCCAGACUAACAAUAUCUUUAGGGAAACAUAAUGACGCGUAGACAGUAUAUAAAUAAAUACAUAUAGAGUAAAUUGCACGCACAAAGAGGAAUGAAAAGAAAUUUAAGAACAUGAAUAUUUAAUGCUUGUCAUAUCGCGGUCUACUAUAUCAUAAUUUUAAAAUUUAAAUACAAAGAAAUAAGCCAAUUUUGACAGCACGUUCUCGUGACAUGUUCUAUGUUCGCUUUUAAUUUUAUCAAAAUAAUAGAUAGAGAAAUUCAAUAACUGAACUUUUCAAUAACGUCAUUUCAAUAUUUCGAUGAAAGUAAGAUGGGUGUAUCGAUG